AUGGCUACCUCAAAGUCAUCAACAACAAGCGAUUUUUACUAUGCGUGCCGAAAUGGAUUAAUCGAUGUUGUUCGACAACAACUACCAAAUAUGAGUUUAGAGGAGAUUGAUAGGGUUCAAGCCAAUGGCUCUACGGCUCUUCAUGCAGCGUCUUACUUCGGUCAUACAGAAAUUGUGAAGCUAUUGUUAGAAAAAGGCGCAAGUCGGUCGGUAUCAAAUCUCCAUAAAUGUUUGCCUUAUGAUGAAGCAUCACUGGAUGAAAUCAAAACAUUAUUUAAACGACCAUCCAAUCGUUUUUCUGACGAUGAAUCGGGUCAUAUUGAUUGGAUGAAAUGUGAUGCAGCCGCUGAACAACUAGCCAGAGACUAUCGAUAUCGCCAUACUGGCUUAGGAUGGACAGCAAAGAAUAUUGAACAUCGUUUGAAACACAUCAAAGACGAAAUGUCACAUACAGAAGUUGAUCGUAUUCGAGUUUUUCUCAAUGAAGCUCAACGUGAUCCAAAAUGUCUUCUUCGUGCCUAUACAGUCGAAUCCGCUUUCUAUGCGAAGUUGAAUAAAGAUCUCGCGUCGAGACACUUCGAUCAAGGAACGAAUUUUGGAUUAACGUACUUCGUGGAUUUUUUCUACAAUCAUCCCGAAUUUCAAUCUCUGUCAUAUACAGGCCCUACCUAUCGAGGUAUGACCGUAACUCAAGAUGACAUGAAAGAGUACACUACCGGAAACAAAAUAAUGAACAAGGCAUUUCUAUCGACGACGAAAAAUCGCGCAAUAGCAGAACAGUUCGCAAGAAAUGAAGCGCACAAUCGGAAGAAUAAAAGUGGUGAUCUGGUUAAAUUAGCGGUUUUGUGCUCAUUUGAAAUUGUUAAUCAUCGGACAGGAUUGAGUGUCGAAAGCAUUUCAGAAUUUGCGUAUGAACAAGAAGUUCUGGUUGGCCCGUACACCGCAUUUUUAAUUGUUGAUGUACGUCAAGUUUCUGAUAACUAUGCCGAAAUCGAUCUACGAGAAUGUGACAUAGUGGAACACGAUGAAAAUGGUGGUGAUGAUGAAGAUUUUGACUAA